AUGACUCGACCAGGGGAUACCGAGAGCCCUGCUGGUUAUGGGAGGUCGUGUAAAGCAGUCUCCUUCUGUAUAAUACAUCCCAACUGCAAAGGUCGCAUACUGCCUAGUGCCAGUGGGAAGUCUGUGCUCAUCGACAAUAGCACCAUCGGUGGGGACGUUAUCUUUGAUUCUGUUAUCAAGGGAGGCAAGCCCCAGAACGAGCUAUUCGAGAUGAUCUGCAAGCCGUUCCUGAAGGACCUCCUAGCCGAGACGCCCGACAGUGAUAACAAGGGACUCCUCGUUCUGGCCGCUGGCCCUUCUGGUGCCGGCAAAACCUUCUGCGUCACUGGUGGCGCUACUAAGUUCUCCGAUCGGGGCUUGAUCCCUCGAACAUUAACCUUUCUGUUUGAUCACAAGCCGAGCUCGAUGCGAAUUGAAAUAUCCUUUUAUGAAAUAUACAAGGAAGAGGUCGUCGAUCUUCUUUCCCCGAGGGUCAAGAUUUCCCACAGUGAGGAUCUCACUAGAAUGCUGGUGGACGACGAGUCGGCAGCCUACCAGGCCCUUUUCACUGGCGAUAGCAAUCGCCACUUUGAGAAAAUGCCGCAGAAUACAGAGGCUAGUCGGGGCCAUGCCGUGUUCGAGAUCCUCGUUAAUGGCUACUAUAAGGUACCAGACGGAGGUCUCAUGCUGGGUACCGCUUGA